CCUCUCCCACUACUCGCUGCCAGUGAGCGGGCGAGGGAGCAGCUUAACCCCCAAAAGCCCUAGAAACCGCCAUUGAAGAAGCUCUGCUAGCUUCUUCAUUUACCAGCGAACACGCUUUCUACGUCUUUUAUCUCGCCGUGUAAAGACUUUUCAGCUCAGCAACCGAUCGGGAGUUUGGAGAUUUUACGUCUUUAUUGUUAGCUUAGAUUUAAACUUGCUGUCAAUAUGUGGAACAAUGGGCAGAUUGCGCCACCAGGAACUGGUGGUUCGUCUAUUCCGCCGCCGCCUGCUGCACAGCCUUCGUACACGGUCUUGCCUUCUCCUGCUGAGGCUGAGGCCAAACUCGAAGAGAAAGCUAGGAAAUGGCAGCAGCUGAAUUCGAAGCGGUACAGUGAUAAAAGGAAGUUUGGGUUUGUCGAGACCCAGAAGGAGGACAUGCCCCGCGAGCAUGUGAGGAAGAUCAUUAGAGACCAUGGGGACAUGUCCUCAAAAAAAUACCGCCAUGAUAAACGUGUUUAUCUUGGUGCCCUAAAGUUUGUUCCGCAUGCAGUUUACAAGCUUCUUGAAAACAUGCCAAUGCCCUGGGAGCAGGUUCGUGAUGUAAAGGUUCUAUAUCAUAUUACCGGAGCAAUUACAUUUGUUAACGAAAUACCGUGGGUGGUUGAACCAAUAUAUUUGGCUCAGUGGGGAACCAUGUGGAUUAUGAUGAGAAGAGAGAAGAGAGACCGUCGACAUUUCAAGAGGAUGCGUUUUCCACCAUUUGAUGAUGAGGAACCUCCACUAGAUUAUGCUGAUAAUUUGCUGGAUGUUGAUCCUUUAGAACCAAUUCAAUUAGAGAUGGAUGAAGAGGAAGAUUCUGCGGUUUACACCUGGUUCUAUGACCAUAAGCCUCUUGUUAAAACAAAACUUAUUAAUGGUCCAAGUUACCGAAAAUGGCAUCUUUCCCUUCCAAUCAUGGCAACUCUUCAUCGGCUAGCUGGACAGUUACUCUCUGAUUUAAUUGAUCGCAACUAUUUCUACUUGUUUGAUAUGGAGUCAUUUUUUACUGCCAAAGCAUUGAACAUGUGUAUACCAGGUGGCCCUAAGUUUGAGCCAUUGUAUCGGGACAUGGAGAAGGGGGAUGAAGACUGGAAUGAGUUCAAUGACAUCAACAAACUCAUAAUACGGUCACCUCUCAGAACGGAGUAUCGAAUAGCAUUUCCUCAUCUUUAUAACAACAGGCCAAGGAAAGUGAAGCUUGGUUUAUAUCACACUCCUAUGGUCAUGUUCAUAAAGACUGAAGAUCCUGAUUUACCAGCAUUUUACUAUGAUCCUUUAAUACAUCCAAUAGCCAGCACUAACAAAGAUCGUCGUGAAAAGAGAACUUACGAUGAUGAAGAUGAUGAUGAUUUUGAGUUGCCAGAGGGGGUUGAACCUUUUUUGAAGGAUACUCAACUUUAUACAGACACCACAGCUGCUGGCAUCUCUCUUCUGUUUGCCCCACGCCCAUUUAAUAUGAGAUCUGGUAGGACACGGCGGGCUGAAGAUAUUCCCUUGGUUUCAGAGUGGUACAAGGAACACUGUCCUCCAUCAUAUCCUGUUAAGGUAAGGGUUAGCUAUCAGAAGUUGUUGAAAUGUUUUGUGUUGAAUGAGCUGCAUCAUAGGCCACCCAAAGCUCAGAAGAAGAAGCAUUUAUUCCGAUCACUUCAAGCAACCAAGUUUUUCCAGACAACCGAACUUGAUUGGGUUGAAGCAGGUCUACAAGUCUGCAAGCAGGGGUACAACAUGCUGAACUUAUUGAUUCAUCGAAAGAAUUUGAACUAUCUUCAUCUUGAUUAUAACUUCAAUCUGAAGCCAGUGAAGACCCUUACCACCAAAGAACGUAAGAAGUCGCGAUUUGGAAAUGCUUUUCACCUCUGUCGUGAAAUAUUGAGAUUGACAAAGCUUGUUGUUGAUGCUAAUGUUCAGUUUCGUUUGGGCAAUGUCGAUGCAUUUCAAUUGGCUGAUGGCCUGCAAUAUAUAUUUUCACAUGUUGGGCAGCUCACUGGCAUGUAUAGAUACAAGUACAGACUUAUGCGUCAAAUUAGAAUGUGUAAAGAUUUGAAGCACUUGAUAUACUAUCGUUUCAAUACUGGUCCAGUGGGAAAAGGGCCUGGUUGUGGAUUUUGGGCACCAAUGUGGAGAGUCUGGUUAUUCUUUCUCCGCGGUAUAGUCCCUCUUCUCGAACGGUGGCUAGGAAAUUUGCUUGCUCGUCAAUUUGAAGGAAGACACUCAAAAGGAGUGGCAAAGACAGUCACCAAACAGCGUGUUGAGAGUCAUUUUGAUUUGGAACUUCGGGCAGCAGUCAUGCAUGAUGUUCUUGAUGCUAUGCCUGAGGGCAUUAAGCAAAAUAAAGCUCGAACUAUCCUGCAGCACCUAAGUGAGGCAUGGCGAUGUUGGAAAGCAAAUAUUCCUUGGAAGGUUCCUGGUUUGCCAGUUCCUAUUGAGAAUAUGAUUCUUCGUUAUGUCAAGUCAAAAGCUGAUUGGUGGACAAAUGUUGCUCAUUAUAAUCGGGAACGUAUAAGAAGAGGUGCUACAGUUGAUAAGACUGUUUGUAGGAAGAAUCUUGGGAGGUUGACACGUCUGUGGCUAAAGGCUGAGCAGGAACGGCAGCAUAAUUAUUUGAAAGAUGGUCCAUAUGUCACACCUGAAGAAGCAGUUGCCAUUUACACGACCACUGUGCAUUGGUUGGAGUCAAGAAAGUUUUCUCCUAUUCCUUUCCCUCCAUUGUCUUACAAGCAUGACACAAAAUUACUCAUCCUUGCCUUAGAGAGGUUAAAGGAAUCCUACAGUGUGGCUGUAAGGUUAAAUCAACUUCAGCGAGAAGAACUUGGUCUCAUUGAACAAGCUUAUGAUAACCCACAUGAGGCACUUUCACGUAUUAAGCGUCACCUGCUCACACAACGUGCCUUCAAAGAGGUUGGCAUAGAGUUUAUGGAUCUGUACAGUUACCUCAUACCGGUUUAUGAGAUUGAGCCUCUUGAAAAAAUUACAGAUGCAUAUCUUGACCAGUAUCUAUGGUAUGAAGGUGACAAGCGCCAUUUGUUUCCCAACUGGAUUAAGCCUGCAGACUCUGAGCCACCACCUCUCUUGGUUUAUAAGUGGUGUCAGGGUAUUAACAAUCUGCAAGGUAUAUGGGACACAAGUGAAGGGCAGUGUGUGGUGAUGCUGCAGACAAAAUUUGAGAAGUUCUUUGAGAAGAUAGAUUUAACAAUGUUAAAUAGGCUUCUUCGAUUGGUUCUGGAUCAUAAUAUUGCUGAUUAUGUUACUGCAAAGAACAAUGUAGUCUUGUCUUACAAAGAUAUGAGCCACACAAAUUCAUAUGGUCUGAUACGUGGUCUUCAGUUUGCUUCUUUUGUGGUUCAGUAUUAUGGACUGGUGCUGGAUCUGUUGCUUCUUGGAUUGACUCGAGCCAGUGAAAUUGCUGGCCCACCUCAGAUGCCCAAUGAAUUCAUUACUUAUUGGGACACAAAGGUGGAGACACGACAUCCAAUUCGGUUAUAUUCCCGGUAUAUAGACAAAGUACAUAUUUUAUUCCGCUUUACUCAUGAAGAGGCUCGAGACCUUAUUCAGAGAUAUCUCACUGAGCACCCCGAUCCAAACAAUGAAAAUAUGGUUGGAUAUAACAACAAGAAGUGCUGGCCAAGAGAUGCAAGAAUGAGGCUCAUGAAGCAUGAUGUCAAUCUUGGAAGAAGUGUUUUCUGGGAUAUGAAGAAUCGUCUUCCUCGCAGUAUCACAACUUUAGAGUGGGAGAACAGCUUUGUGUCUGUUUAUAGCAAAGACAAUCCUAACUUGCUUUUCAGCAUGUGUGGGUUUGAAGUACGGAUACUUCCUAAAAUUAGAAUGUCGCAAGAAGCAUUCAGCAACUUGAAAGACGGAGUUUGGAAUUUGCAGAAUGAGCAAACAAAAGAAAGAACUGCUGUAGCCUUCUUAAGGGUUGAUGAUGAACACAUGAAGGUGUUCGAGAAUCGUGUCAGGCAAAUUCUUAUGUCUUCAGGGUCUACAACAUUCACAAAAAUUGUCAACAAAUGGAAUACUGCUCUGAUUGGUCUCAUGACUUACUUCCGUGAGGCAACUGUACAUACGCAAGAGCUACUAGAUUUGCUGGUUAAAUGUGAGAAUAAAAUUCAAACUCGUAUUAAGAUCGGGUUGAAUUCAAAGAUGCCCAGCAGGUUUCCUCCGGUUAUUUUCUAUACUCCCAAGGAAAUUGGAGGUCUCGGCAUGUUAUCCAUGGGGCACAUAUUGAUUCCACAAAGUGAUCUCCGGUACAGUCAGCAGACAGAUGUUGGUGUAACCCAUUUUAGGAGUGGAAUGAGCCAUGAAGAGGAUCAGCUUAUUCCAAACCUUUACCGAUAUAUACAGCCUUGGGAAAGUGAGUUCAUAGAUUCACAACGGGUUUGGGCUGAGUAUGCUCUGAAGAGGCAAGAAGCUCAGGCACAAAAUAGGCGUCUGACGCUUGAAGAUUUGGAAGAUUCUUGGGACAGGGGAAUACCUCGAAUCAAUACUUUGUUUCAGAAAGAUCGCCACACUUUGGCAUAUGACAAAGGGUGGAGGGUCCGCACAGAUUUCAAACAAUAUCAGGUCUUGAAGCAAAACCCUUUCUGGUGGACGCACCAAAGACACGAUGGAAAGCUGUGGAACUUGAACAACUAUAGAACAGAUGUCAUUCAAGCACUUGGAGGUGUUGAGGGCAUUCUUGAGCACACAUUAUUUAAGGGAACAUACUUUCCAACUUGGGAGGGUCUCUUUUGGGAGAAGGCAUCUGGAUUUGAGGAAUCUAUGAAGUACAAAAAGCUGACUAAUGCACAGAGAUCAGGUCUUAACCAGAUUCCUAACCGUAGGUUUACUCUUUGGUGGUCUCCUACCAUAAACAGGGCAAAUGUUUAUGUGGGAUUUCAAGUGCAGUUAGAUCUGACUGGAAUUUUCAUGCAUGGAAAGAUCCCAACUUUGAAAAUCUCUCUCAUCCAGAUUUUCCGAGCUCAUUUGUGGCAGAAGAUUCAUGAGAGUGUUGUCAUGGAUCUCUGUCAGGUUUUGGAUCAGGAGUUGGAUGCUUUGGAAAUUGAAACCGUGCAGAAAGAAACUAUCCAUCCAAGGAAAAGUUACAAAAUGAACAGCUCUUGUGCCGAUAUUCUACUAUUUGCUGCCCAUAGAUGGCCAAUGUCAAAGCCUAGUCUUGUGGCUGAGUCAAAGGAUGUUUUUGAUCAAAAACCAAGUAACAAGUACUGGAUUGAUGUGCAGCUCCGAUGGGGUGAUUAUGAUUCUCAUGAUAUUGAGCGUUACACUCGUGCCAAAUUCAUGGAUUACACCACUGACAACAUGUCUAUAUACCCAUCACCCACUGGGGUGAUGAUUGGGCUUGAUCUUGCAUAUAACUUGCAUUCAGCAUUUGGAAACUGGUUUCCAGGGUCAAAACCGCUAUUGGCUCAAGCAAUGAACAAGAUCAUGAAGUCAAAUCCAGCCUUGUAUGUUCUAAGGGAGCGUAUACGCAAAGGUCUGCAGUUGUAUUCUUCUGAGCCUACAGAACCGUAUUUGUCAUCCCAAAACUACGGAGAGAUCUUCAGCAAUCAAAUAAUAUGGUUUGUUGAUGAUACUAAUGUUUAUCGUGUCACAAUUCACAAGACAUUUGAAGGAAAUCUUACCACCAAGCCCAUCAAUGGUGCCAUUUUUAUUUUCAAUCCAAGGACAGGGCAAUUGUUUUUAAAGGUUAUCCAUACAAGUGUAUGGGCUGGACAGAAGCGUCUUGGUCAGUUGGCCAAGUGGAAAACUGCAGAAGAAGUUGCUGCUCUUGUACGUUCUUUACCAGUUGAAGAACAACCGAAGCAAAUUAUUGUGACUCGGAAAGGAAUGCUUGAUCCAUUGGAGGUUCACUUGCUUGAUUUUCCCAAUAUAGUUAUCAAAGGAAGUGAGCUGCAACUCCCAUUCCAGGCCUGCUUGAAGAUUGAGAAAUUUGGUGACUUGAUUUUGAAGGCUACUGAACCGCAGAUGGUUCUAUUCAAUAUUUAUGAUGAUUGGCUGAAGAGUAUUUCAUCAUACACUGCAUUCUCCCGUCUAAUUCUCAUCUUGCGUGCUCUUCAUGUGAACAAUGAAAAGGCUAAAAUGUUGCUAAAGCCAGACAAAACAAUUAUCACUGAGCCCCACCACAUCUGGCCUUCUCUCACAGAUGACCAAUGGAUGAAGGUUGAGGUUGCUUUAAGGGAUCUUAUAUUGUCAGACUAUGCUAAGAAGAAUAAUGUGAACACAUCAGCUCUAACACAAUCUGAAAUUCGUGACAUCAUACUUGGAGCUGAGAUAACUCCACCUUCUCAGCAAAGACAACAGAUAGCUGAGAUUGAGAAACAGGCCAAAGAAGCAAGUCAACUAACYGCAGUCACGACAAGAACUACGAACGUGCACGGUGAUGAACUCAUUGUCACAACAACGAGUCCAUAUGAGCAGGCUGCUUUUGGAUCCAAAACUGAUUGGCGUGUGAGAGCGAUAUCAGCCACUAAUCUCUAUCUUCGUGUGAAUCAUAUUUAUGUAAAUUCAGAGGAUAUAAAGGAAACUGGAUACACUUACAUCAUGCCAAAGAAUAUCUUGAAGAAAUUCAUCUGCAUUGCAGAUCUACGGACCCAAAUAGCUGGAUAUUUGUAUGGAAUAAGCCCCCCAGAUAAUCCUCAGGUUAAGGAAAUUCGCUGUAUUGUAAUGCCACCCCAGUGGGGGACACAUCAGCAAGUUAAUCUUCCGACAGCUCUUCCUGAGCACGACUUUUUGAAUGAUUUGGAGCCAUUGGGAUGGAUGCACACGCAGCCAAAUGAGCUUCCUCAGUUGUCACCACAGGAUCUCACAAAUCACGCUAAAGUCUUGGAGAACAACAAGCAAUGGGAUGGUGAAAAAUGCAUCAUUUUGACUUGCAGUUUCACUCCUGGUUCCUGCUCGUUAACUGCAUAUAAGCUAACCCCAUCAGGUUACGAGUGGGGACGUGUAAACAAGGACACCGGAAGCAAUCCACACGGGUACCUCCCGACUCAUUAUGAGAAGGUGCAGAUGCUCCUCAGCGACCGCUUCUUUGGCUUCUACAUGAUUCCUGAUAAUGGCCCCUGGAACUACAACUUCAUGGGGGUGAAGCAUACAGCAGGCAUGAAGUAUGGAGUAAAACUCGGAACGCCGCGCGAGUAUUACCACGAGGAUCAUCGGCCUACCCAUUUCUUAGAGUUCAGCAACUUAGAGGAGGGAGAGACGGCCGAGGGAGACCGUGAGGAUACAUUCACUUGAAAAUUUGGCAUCAUCUUUGUAAUCAUUUAACUGGAUCACUAUAAAGUUAAGUUUUUUUUUUUGGAAGUUUUGAAUGCAAUUGCACGCAUGAAAUAAACCUGUGUGUAUGUGGUUGCAAAUUCAGGAAUAGGAACGCCUGUAGUACUAAUACGACUUUGUAAUAGAAUUGUAGCUUGAGAGGAAUAUAAAAUUCUAGAGGUUGUAAAUUCUAGUUUUGUAAAUUCUUAUUCAUUUUUGUA